GUCACGAAUGGUCGAUGCCGUAAAAGGUCUACCGAAGAAGAAAAAGACGAAAGCUCACUGCAGCGCUUCAAAACAGACGGAAAAAGGAGGGCAAAAACGGCUAAGUGUAAUCUGCUUAAAAUCUUUUAAAAAUGCUGAAAGAGUUGGUGCAGGAGCGAUUAAUGGCGGUAGCCGAUGAAAUAUACGUGCUGUUUGAAAGAACAAUGGCAUUGUACGAGGAUGAGCUUUCUCGAGCCAGAGACGACAAGGAGCGAUAUCGACAACAACUGGAAGCUGUCAGCAAAACUCACAUUAGGCAACAAUUUCAAGACGUCCAGCAGCUGACAUGUUGUCAAGAAGAACAUGCAAUUCAGUCGCAGCUCAGUUCCUCUUUAAAGCGGGAUGAUCAGCGGCCCCCCCGUAUGAAAGAGGAAGAGGAUGAACUCUGCAUCACUGAAGAUGGCGAAUGUCUUCUUGGGCUGGAGGACUCUGACCUCACAACAUUGCCCCUUACUGUUGACUCCAUGAACACUGACGGCCAUGAGGACAUAUCACACCGUUAUCCAAGUUCUAGUGUGGGAAACCGAGGGGUGGUGCCCCCAAGCAGCAGCUCACCACAACACAUGACAACAGAAGUUCAUAGUGACGGCACAAUGUCAAACUAUCCUGAAGAUGAAGACAUGGGCGACGCCCAAAAACCUUUGAGCACCCGUGAAGGCGAUAUAAGGACUCAUACUCUCAACCGACACUCUGAAUGCUAUAAAAAGAAGCCAGGUAAAAAACAUGUCGCCUGCUCAGUCUGUGCUAAAAGAUUCACUCUAAAGAGGAAUUUGACUCAACACAUGCAGACUCACACUGGGGAAAAACCUUUUGGAUGUCCAGUUUGCGGUAAGAGAUUCAGUCGAAAUUCAAAUAUGCUGAAACACACAACAACGCACACAGGGGAAAAACCUUUUGGCUGCUCAAUUUGCGGCAAAAGACUCUCUCAGAAGGGAGUGAUGUUAAGACACAUGCGAAUGCACACUGGAGAAAAACCUUUUUGUUGCCCAGUUUGUGGCGAAAGUUAUUCUCUUAAGAUAAGUUUGACAACACACAUGCAGAGACGUCACCGAAAAUAAGUGUUUUCUUGUUUACUUUGUGCUAAACAACUAUCGACCCAUACCAAACCUGCCUUUUUUGGGCAAAGUCCUUCUAAAAAUUGUGUGGCAAUAGCUUAGUGACUGUCUCUUGUACAACAAUGUGCAGAUCUGGUACUAUACGCUGGUUAAGGUUAAACUUCUACCGGGUCUUUGUCUUUCCAAUGCCAAAUCCUGGACGUAUAUAUGUAUAUGGUGAUAAUAAAAUGCUUUUCUAUACUUCA